AUGAUCUACACCAUCUUCAACCGCGACUUUCGCACGCCCUUCUACGAGAUUCUGCACUGCAGAUGCCGCGGUAUCAACGCUCGCAUGCGAGUAAAGCAAUACGAACUGGAAUACGGACCCAGCAAUUCCGUUGUUUUCCACAGUGAAACCCCUGCUUUCAAUCCGCGUCUCUCAACUCAAAACUACUCUCCCAUGUUGAUGAAAAGGUUUGACACAAGGGAACAAUCGCUCCUCGAAGAACCCGCUGUUUGA